AGAGGAAAAGCGUCCUUAAACGUGGGCUGUUGUGUAAUCCCUCCCAGGGCCCCUUUGCUAUUUUUGUGCCUGGGUCCGCACGUCACGGUUGGGUAUUUUCUCUGGUGACUUGCUCGCAUCAAUAGAUCUUCUAAUGUACACCCAGUCGGCCAGCAGCUUCACAGCUGAUGGGACUAUUCCUUGCUAAUUUCUUUUGUUGUUAGACUCACCCGGACAUGAGCAGGACAGGGAGAUGGACUGGGCAGCAUGAGGAAUGUCACAUAUGACUGUCGACAUGGAAUGGGGGACUGUUCAAAUGUCAGGUGACGCCUCCCUGCUGCUCAUGUAUAUGUUAAUAUCACUAAGGUUAUACAACAUAUACCGUCCUUAAAAAUUUAUCACAAGUGAACUCAUUGGAUUCAUGGAGUCACUCAACGCUCCUGCAGGGGCGAAGGGCUGCGCUGAGGGUCAGGAGAGAAAGAUUGCAAAGAAAAAAGGCACAUCAGAAGCUGUUCUGAGACAUUCAGUUGAAUCAGAAAGCAAAGGGUGGCACCAAGAAUCAGAAGAAGUUCAGAGCAGAGACAUGUGUAGUUUUAGUAAAAUAUCUGACUCAGGGAAAUCUCAGCAAUUUGAAGAUCAGUUCUCAAAAGCCCUGUCCUCAAGCCAUCCAGACUAUGAGGUGUCUUCAUAUCCGCCACAGCCCACAAAACCCUUCUCUGUUGGCAGACAAAAAGCUUUAGCACAGUCGCCAGGAUCUUUGAGUCAAAAGAAGUCAUCCGCUUCAACUGAAGUCCAGCAACAGUGUUCCCAUUCAGGGAUAGACCAGCUGUCAGAAGCGACAGCUAAGGUGGAGCAAAAACCACAAAAGUCAGGAAAGUAUGUAUGUGAUUACUGUGGCAGGGCAUGUGCCAAACCCAGUGUUCUUAAGAAACAUAUUCGCUCCCACACUGGGGAACGGCCCUAUCCAUGUGUCCCCUGUGGGUUCUCCUUCAAAACCAAGAGUAACCUGUACAAACACAGAAAGUCCCAUGCUCACUCAGUCAAAGCUGGAACGGUGCCAUUAUCAGAGCUUGGGUCUUACAAUGCCAAUAUGGAGCAGGGGUCUAUUGAAGGGGAAGGAGAGUUAUUUUCUGAUGCUGAGCAAAGCACGGACACGGACGAGGACACUCUUAAUGACCCACUGCUGCUGCUGGACUCUCCAAUGGAGGGAUCAGAUAACACUGCUGUAAAAGUGCUAAACCUCAUUGCUCAAAAAAAGGGAGCCACAUCAAUGUCAGGUCAGGAUGGUUCAUCCCAACCACUAGAAAUCAAUGCAUCUCCUGUCACAGCCGAGGCCAGUCGUGCAAUCCAAUCUUCCACUAUCAAGCAGAGGCUUGCGCUUCGGCUGUCUGAAAAGAGAAGUGGCGACUCGGAGCAAAAUCUGUCCCUUCCAAGUCAAUCCAGCAAGGGCAGCACGGACUCAGGCUACUUCUCACGCUCCGAGAGUUCGGAGCAUCAGACCGGACCUCCAAACACUAAUGCAAAGUCCUAUCAAGAAAUCAUGUUCGGGAAGUGUUAUCGGCCAAGCCCAAAGCAGACAUCAUCUUAUGAAUCUGGGGAACGUUUUGAGAAAUGCUCUGAGAAAGGUGUGUCCCGUGUUUUCACUCAAGAAAAAGAUGCAGUUGAAUCAAUCAAAAUAAACACCAAAUCAUUUCUAAAGGAGGAGUUUAAAGAGUCUCAGUUAGACGCUGGCUGUGACAUGGGGCCUCUGAUCCGAAGCAACUCAAUGCCAACAUCCUCAGCCGUGUGUCUGACAAUGCCACAAACCCUCAGAGGGAGCCACUCAUUUGAUGAAAGAGCCAGCACAGGGGGGAUGAGGAGACUAAAACGUCAAGGUGCUUUUGAGCUGUCUGUGCAUGAUGGUCACACUGAAGCUGAGAGCCAUGGAAAAAUUACUGAGGCUUCUCACUCUGGGUUGGACAUGGAAAGCUGCACGUCUUUGGCACUUGGUACGACUCCACACAAACAUUCAAUGGACCUGGCAACACGCAAGCGUCGCAAAGAGAAGAGGGAGGAGGAGGACUUGCUAGGGCAAUAUGAGGGGCAUCAAAAGCAGUGUGAGGAAAUGUUUGAUUCAGGCAAGGACUAUGAUAUAAAGCAAGCUGCAAUGGGGAUAAUAGCUUUAGGUAGGGGACAUUUGGACAGGUGUGAUAUGGACAUAUCAAUGAACCUUGACAUAUCAGGUAGAAAAAACCUAGGCAAUGUAAUUUCAGUUAUCCAGCACACAAACUCAAUAAACAGGCCUCAUACUGACCUGUCAGAAUCUUUCAAAUAUUAUAGUCAACGACUGGAAACUAUGUCUUCCUUACAAGCAAUGGAGGCCAGUGAAUUGUUUGAAAUGGAACGGGACAUGAGAUUAAGCCAGUCAGUUCUGCUUGGGCCCAAACUUGUGCGACAGCCAAAUAUACAAGUCCCAGAAAUUAGGGUCACAGUUGAGCCUGACAGUCCAGAAAAAGCUCCGGAGGUGCCCAUGAAGGAGCCAGAGAAACACAUUGAGGAGUUUCAGUGGCCUCAAAGGAGUGAAACGUUAGCACAAUUCCCUCCAGAAAAGCUCCCUCCCAAGAAAAAACGGCUUCGCUUGGCUGAAAUCGAGCACUCCUCUGGUGAAUCAAGUUUUGAGUCCGCUUGCACCAGUCUGUCCCGCAGCCCGAGCCAGGACAGUAACUUAUCCUAUAGCUCCACUUUUUCCUUUGACAGAGAGGAGAGCUUGAAAUCAACCUCUCCAGGCAGGCAAGAUGAAUUUGGCAAAUCUCUAGAGCUCUUAGCUGUGCCAGGGUGUGGGCACUCCCUCUCUGUGCUUAGCCAGCGUCAACAGCAUGAAAUGAGACGCUCCUCUUCAGAGCAGGCGCCGUGCAACUUGCACAAGGAGUUCCCAGAGGUUCGCAGCAUAUCAUUUGACUAUGGCAGCCUUUCUCCAACCUCCAAAGUUAGAUACGUGGACAUCAGUGCUGUAAAGGAGAGAAGGAGGGGAAACUUGGUGCGACAGGAGUCACUGAAUAUGGAUACUGAAGUUACACAAGUCCCCUCACAAGUGCUUUCACAGUACCUCAGCAACACCUCACCUCCAUUUGCAGCAGCCACUGUUCUGCCACAGACUUUGCCAAUAAUUUCUGUUGGGAACGCAUUUCCCCAACUACCUAAUCCUAGCCUAGUAGUUCCUGUUAGAAUUCAGACAUACGUGCCGUCCUUUGGCAGUAUCACGUACACCUCAUUAUCACAGAUCUUUGACAAUCAGUAUGAGAGCAUUAGCUCCACAACGUCCCCCCACCUGAGUAAAAUCUCACGCUUGUCUGGAAAUCUUGAUCCUCAUAAUGCAUUCUCAAAGCAGCCUACAGUUAACACCAUCCGUAUUGAGGCCCUGGAUUUGUCAUCAGCCAAACUAAAGACAGGCAUCCCUCUGUCUCUGACCUCCAGAACUAUAUCAACUACUAAUGCCUCGAGUGGGGGAGCAAACAAGCGGAUGCUUUCCCCUGCCAGCAGCUUGGACCUAUUCAUGGAGGUGAAGCAGCAAAAACGAGUGAAGGAGGAGAGAAUGUUUGGGCAAAUCGUGGAGGAGCUGAGUGCUGUAGAGUUAGGGAAAUGCCAUUUGAGUGAAGAGAAGGGGUGCAGGUCAGAGAUGGAGGUUGCGUCAACACAUGUCAUAGGGGAUGCAAGCAGGACUUCCUUCAUUACACAUCAAAAAGUGACUGAGCCUAAUGACUCUGAAAGCGCUAUGGAAAGUAGCUCCCUGGAAACAAGCUCACCCCCUUACUCUGUCAUAUCAGGCAGCAAAGCAAGUGAACGGGUGCAGAUGGAUGUUGUGGCCCAGCUGGGUACCAGUCAAGACACCAUGAUCUCAGGCGCAGAACAUUCAAGACUCUCUCAGUUUCCAAGCCUCCGCACGACGACAGGCGUGAGCUGGUGUUACCUCAACUACACAAAGCAGAGUUGCUCACAGGUCGACACCCCUUUUGCGUCCGUGUAUGCAACAUGGUGCGUUAGCUCUCACAAUCCCAAUCCCCUGAAACUGAGUACCAGCAUUGCUCUGGGUCUGCUGCAGUCCAGACAGAGGGGAGACAAGGUUAUAUACUCAGUAGCUGCAAUGUGCCAACCUGGCACGGGAAAACUAGUUUCAUCCCUCAUCCUCUGGAGACAGACCAUGGAACAGUUGCAAAGGAAACCGGAGCCCAAAGAGGUGGACAUCACCUAUGGGAAGAAGGUGAAAGACAUCAGCUGCAGAGCUAAAACAGCCAAGGAGGAGUGGAAAGAGAGGGAGGCCUCUGCAAACCAGGCAGUGCCAACACGAGUUAAGAUCUUCGAAGGAGGGUAUAAGUCCAAUGAAGACUAUGUGUACGUCAGAGGUCGAGGCCGGGGGAAAUACAUUUGUGAGGAGUGUGGUAUUCGCUGUAAGAAGCCAAGCAUGCUGAAAAAGCACAUCCGGACCCAUACAGAUGUGCGACCGUACAUCUGCAGGGUUUGCAACUUUGCCUUCAAAACCAAAGGAAACCUGACUAAACAUAUGAAGUCAAAGGCGCACAUGAAGAAAUGUCUUGAACUGGGAGUUUCAGUGACAAUGGAUGACACAGACAUACAGGAACAUGCGGACAACAUCCAACAAGAAUCCAAGACAGAUGUGGCAGCAACCACCAAACAUCAGUUCUCAGAUGCUGAGGACUCUGAAGGCAUGGAUGAAGAAGCAGAUGAAAUAGAUGAGGAAGAUGAAGAGGAUGAUGAGUAUGAGGGAGACUUCACCCCAAAGCUGCAUUCAAGAAGUACAAGUCCUCAGCCAUGUGGAGUGACCUCGGAGUCCGUUACUGCCAGCUCUGCCAUCCAUGGUUGCUCCCUAACCACACCAGCUGGACCAGACAUCCAUCAGCAAUCCUCUGGCCAGGAUAAUCGUUUUGCCCUCACAACAGAACAGAGGGAGAAGUCUGUGGAUGAAGACUCUCUAACUAUGCUGCCACUGGACCAGACCAGUCUCCUUUUUGACCCUUACUCUUCGUAUCUGCUGUCUCCUGGUUGGGAAUCUCCAAUCAGGGAGCCUUCUCCUUCACGGCUACGGUAUCCAUCCCCGAGGCGGGAGCUGUCCCCACGAGGUCGCUCUUCACCAAGGUGGGACUCCUCGCCACUGAGGCCCGGAUCACCCAUCUUCAAAUCCAUCCAACAUCCAUCCCCAGUCUCGUUGGAACGACCAAUGUCUCCUGGGACAGAGGUAGCAGGAAAGCGAGAAUCCUCUGUGAGGGGCAGGCAGAGGGUUGUGUUGAGGGCUGUGUCACCGCGCAGAGGUUCGCACCAACAUAAAGGCAGCUGUGAUAAAACCAGACACCAGGCUAAGAUGGAGAUGGUUCAACAGCAACAGGUUUUUGAAAUGGAUCAAAGGAGCACCUUGGCUCCUGCUCAGCUGGGUGCUGCCAGUUCUCAUCACCAGAACAUCCUCAGCCACCUCCCACUUCACUCCCAGCAGCAGGCCCACUCUUUGCUCCCCGUUGUUCCUGUCGGAGGGCUCCAGAUGUUGCACUCCCCGGCUUCACCCAGCACCAACGCCGGCACCUCACCAGAGCCGAGCCCCCAGAGCAGCGAAGGGCAGCUGUGCAGCAGCAGGGAGGGAUCGUUGCACGGGCCCGAGACAGGAGAAGAGAACAUCGAGGGCCGCCACGACAAAAGUCCUGAGUUGCCCGCCAGGGAAAGCAGACAAGAAGAGAGCGUUCAGACCUGCUUGAAAGCCAUUGCUUCGCUGAAGAUUACCAUAGAAGAUCCUCAUUGAAACCUUUUUUUGUUCCCACGACCCACUGCACCUGCAACCGUCCUCAGCCCUUUAGCCCACCUUGUCUUUAUCCUAUUAGAGGCAAUAUAAUGACAUUUCCCCUGGUCUCGCAUGAUCAAACUCCACAGAGACUCUUUGAAGGAUCUUUUGCAAAUGGAUCAAGAAUCAUUAUUGGGUGCAGUUGCAAUAUGGAAAGAUAUUAUGCUAAUAUGCCUUUUUGUGUGAGAUCGUAGUUUGCGCACAAUUGCACAACAAUUAACAUUUAUGGGUCCUGUACAAAUGUCCUUAACAUAUACUAUUACUUAGAUGCAUACAAGCAGUGUAUUUUGCAGUGUGUACUUUGAAAAUAGACUGUUGUUUCUGUUACUCAUAUCAAGAUGUGAUGCAGUAGUUCUGUAAUUAAAGACUAUUUAUAAGGGGAAACGUAUGUGUACUAUGAAACAGUCUGACCAAAUUUUAAGUAGAUGCUUCAUGUGCAGUUUGGUGCUUCUGAUCAAGCAGCAAGGGUAUGUGCCUUUUCUUUCUUUUUGCUUUUCUUUUGCUUUUCUUCAUUUCUGUAUUUGCAACUAAGUAAGGACAACAUCCAAGGACUCUUACUAUGAAGAGGCUGCACUUUCUGGGAAGGCUUUGUGGGUUUUUUGACAGAUGGAUUUAUGUGAAGCAAUCUUAAAUGUUACGUUGCUCUUUUCUUAAUGUCGUGGUUUUUAUCUUGGUAAAAAAAAUGCAUGGGAUUUGCUAUUGCACAACCAUAGAGGAAAUAAUUAUGUAAUUAUGAAUACUGUAAGAUGUAUUUAUAUAUUAGAACGUAAGCACUUAUUGAUACUGGUAAACAUUUGACAACUAUUUAUAUGGUAUAUCUGUAUUUAUGCAGCAGUUAUGCAGUGAGCCACUCCGGCGUUGCUUUUGAUCUCAUGAAGUUGCUUUAAUUAAGCUUGUUUUCUCGCUUAUGCAGAUGGUCAUGAGUGUUUUCAUGAGUUUUAAAGAUGCACUUUCACCCUUUUUUGUUUGAUGAUGAAGCUGACAUUGAGUCUGGUGGGGAAAAAAAAAAGAGUAAAACGUUUCCUUGUGGUUGUCGAAACAUUCCUCUUGUUUUUCGCGUCUGUCAUUGUGUGAAAUGUUUUGCACACAAAUCCAAGGGGCUACAAUGGUCGGUCGAUCUUGAACUGUUUCGCAUUUUCAUGUCAAACCUGGAUAAAUCCAUGCCAUUUACUGCAGGUAAUAAUAGAGCAACAAUGUUAACGGCCUGACUAAUAGUGUUUCAACUCAAGUUUGCAAGUAGCCACUCAUUCUAAAACAUUACUACUUCUCUGUAUAUGUAAAUAUGUGUAUUUUUAUGAUUUAAACUAUUUUUGCAGUGUUGUAUUCUGAAAACGUUUUGUGUGGAUUUCUAUCUCUUUCAGAGGUAAAACAUCUGCAGAGGUUUCGUGAGGGAGAUAAGAAGAAUAGCACAGUGUUUCAUCUUUAAAAAAAAAAAAAUGCAUUUAUCUUGAAGUGGCUGUCAGUUCAAGACUGGAUUCAAACAUUUCAAACUAAAAGCAACCAUUACUCAGUCAUGUUUACAUAGACAAUUUAAAGGUGCACUGCUUUAAAUUAGUUUUCUUUCGUGGAGAUGGGUGGCGCUUUUUGUCCUUUUAUUUGUUGCUGUGGCGCCUGGAAAUGCUUUAAAAUGUGAAGGGAAAGUGAAGUCUGCUUUGGCCUACAGUAUGUAUUCAGAUUCUGUUCUUUAUCAGUGUGUAUUCAUAUUCACCGAACUGCAUUGUGCCUCUCAUGUCAAUGGCAAUUCCCUGUAAAACAAAUAGAGGGCGAAUCAUUUUACCUCUAAGGUGAGAUUUUUUUGUUUCCUUUGAGGGGAAAACCUAAGUUGCCAAUCUGUUGUUUUGCUAUUUGCGUCAAAAACUGGUUAGUCUGGACGGAGUGCCUCUUUUGUGCUAUGAGGAAUUUAUUGUUUGGUGCUCUACUUUUUCAGAUUAAAUUUAAAAUUGUUUUAAAAGGA